AUGUCCUUGGGUUCCGGUGCGAGCAAUUUGCGAAAGGUCCUGGAAGAUCCCAACGGGUUUGUGUGCGCCCCUGGUGUGUACGAUGGCUUGUCGGCGCGCAUGGCCCUCGGAGCUGGGUUUGAUGCUCUUUACAUGACCGGUGCAGGAACCGCGGCCUCAGUCCAUGGCCAAGCAGAUCUCGGUAUCUGCACUCUCAAUGACAUGCGUGCCAACGCUGAGAUGAUCGCCAAUCUAUCCCCCAGCACUCCCCUCAUCGCCGACGCAGACACCGGCUACGGCGGACCGAUCAUGGUGGCUCGGACCACGGAACAAUAUGCCCGCGCCGGCGUUGCGGGCUUCCACAUCGAAGAUCAAGUGCAAACGAAGCGAUGCGGUCAUCUCGGCGGCAAGCAACUGGUCGAUCUCGCUACAUAUACCACGCGUAUCCGCGCCGCGGUGCAGGCACGUCAGCGCAUCGGCAGCGAGAUUGUGGUGAUUGCGCGCACCGACGCGUUACAGUCCCUCGGGUACGACGAGAGUCUGGCGCGUCUACGUGCGGCGCGUGAUGCGGGUGCGGACAUGGGCUUCCUUGAAGGCGUCUCCUCGCGGGAGAUGGCGGCCCAGGUUGUGCAGGACCUGGCACCGUGGCCCUUGCUGCUGAAUAUGGUGGAGCACGGGUCUACUCCAUCCCUCACGGCGCAGGAGGCCAAGGACCUCGGGUUCAAGAUGAUUAUCUUCCCCUUUGCGACGAUCGGGCCAGCUUUGACGGCGAUGCGCGAGGGAUUGGAGAAGUUGAAGCGCCUGGGACUACCGGGGCUGGAUCCCGAGUUGACUCCGCAGAUGCUCUUCCGCGUGUGCGGACUGGAUGAAAGUGUCAAGUUGGAUGCCGAGGCUGGCGGCGCCGCCUUUGCAGGAGGGGUCGAUUUGCAGAAGUGA